AUGAGCUUCCGCGCCUCGCCCAUCCGCGCCUUCCUGCGCAGCGCCCGCAACCUCGUGGCAGAGCCGCACCCGCACGGCCGGUACCCGGUCAACCGCGCGCAGAUGCACGCCAUCAACUACGGCUUCUACGCCAACAAGUUCGCCCGCACCGCCUCGUGGUACGUGCCCGUCGGCACCGCGCUGCUGGGCUGGCCCUUCAUGGCCAUGUACGUCCUCAAGCGCACCGGCAUCUGA